AUGCCACUGGCUGUGGCUCACCACGAAAUCGACACUGUUGUUAGUCUCGCUCAGUCUGUGGACCAUCAAAGAGUGAUGAGUUUGAUAUAUCUAUUCAUCACCCGGGUUGAUUUUGCAGAUCUCAGAAAGCGCCAGGUUCGACUCGUUCACCAGUCAAUGAAGGAAUUCAUUAUACAAGACUGGUCAAAUUUCAAAGAACUCGAUACAUCGACAGCGUCCAAUGCGCCUCCCGGCGAGCGUUUGGAAACUUUCAUAUUAGACGUUUGCAUGAAGUAUCUUCUACUGCAAGAGAUUGUCACUAUCCCACUAUUCUCUGACGAGCAGAUCGCAAUCAAUGAGCUCCCUCAAGACGCCGAUCUGUUCGGCGACCAAGAGCCUUUCGAGUACGAUGUCACUUGCACAUGGGAAGUAUAG